AUGGCCCCUCUAAAAAUUCUCAUCUGUGGCGGUGGUAUUGCGGGACCAGCCCUUGCAUUCUGGCUUAGUCGUAAAGGUCACCACGUGGAAGUCGUCGAGCGCUUCCCGGCUCUUAGGGCGACAGGGGCUCAGAUUGACCUCCGCGCUCAAGGUAUCGAAGUGGCGAAGCGCAUGGGACUUCUAGAAGCAAUACGCAGUAUACGUGUCGAUGAAGCCGGUGUAUCUUUUGUAGACUCACAGGGGAGGGUGAAAGGGACAGUCAUGGCCAAUACGUCCGGUAAAGGUGCGCAGUCUUUGACGUCCGAAUAUGAGCUCAUGCGUGGAGAUGUCGUACGCUUACUCUACGAUACGACAAAGGAUAACGUAGAGUACAUCUUUGGCAAGACUGUAGAAAGCUUCGAGCAGGACGAAAAACAGGUUAUUGCUCAUUUCUCUGACGGAUCAUCUGACACCUUCGAUCUCCUAGUCGGGGCAGACGGCCAGGGGUCGCGUAUUCGAAGGGCCAUCCUACCGCCUGAUACCCCGGAACCUUACCGACGACUUGGAAUAUGCAUCGCAUACUGGUUUAUACCUCGCGCAGAAGGAGAUACUAAUAUCCGCAGGACAUACCUGGCUCCUGGUGGCCGUAUGAUAUUCCGCCGGACUCACAACUCCACAGAUACUCAAGUCUACUUCUUUCUAAAGGAUGACUCUCCAGAACCAUCAAGCCUUCCAAGAGCGUCCGUGGAACAGCAGAAGGAAUUUUGGACACAGAGGUUUCGUGAUGCGGGAUGGCAAACGGAUCGGUUUCUCGAAGGCAUGAAGACAACCGAGAACUUCUACUGCCAGGAAGUUGUUCAGGUUUGCACGAACACAUGGUCCAAAGGCCGAGUUGUUCUUCUAGGCGAUGCAGCACACUGUGCGUCUCCUUUCAGCGGUAUGGGGACUACAGGUGCUCUCGUCGGCGCCUACGUCCUAGCUGGAGAAAUCGAUCGCAACCCCGAUGAUCUCCCCCAAGCUUUUGCGAACUACGACCAAAAGCUCCGACCCUUCGUCGACGAGAUCCAGAAUAUCAAGCCGGCCCUUGUCCGGUUAGGCAUGCCCGAUUCAUGGUGGGGCAUUAUGAUAAUUCAUUUUAUUGCGGGGCUACUCUGCUAUUUUCGUAUCCCUGAACUCAUCGCGAGGUUCUCGAAAGAGGAGAAGGGCGGGUGGGAGUUACCAGACUAUCCAGAGCUUAACCCUUCUCGAUAA